AUGGCGCUCAAGGCACAAGUCGGUCAAAAGAUUAUGAAUGAAGUUAUUAAACAAAAGAGGACCGGAACAAGUGGUGUACAAUGGCGCAUUUUGGUAGUCGAUCAACUAGCCAUGAGGAUGGUAUCGGCAUGCUGCAAAAUGCACGAUAUCAGUGCACAAGGCAUCACUUUGGUAGAAGAUAUCAACAAGAAACGGGAGCCUUUGCCUACAAUGGAGGCGAUCUACUUGAUCACACCGUGCAAUUCCUCUGUCCAGAAGUUGAUCGAAGACUUCAGCAAUCCUACUAGAACUAUUUACAAAGUAGCUCAUGUUUAUUUCACAGAAGUGUGUCCGGAGGAGCUGUUCAAUGAACUCUGCAAGUCUCUCGCCGCUAAAAAGAUCAAAACCCUGAAAGAGAUCAACAUCGCUUUCCUGCCUUAUGAGUCGCAGGUUUUCUCCUUGGAUUCACGUGAAACAUUCGCUUGUUUUUAUAACGCUUCCUUCUCAAAUCUGAGGACAGCCAAUAUGGAAAGAAUAGCUGAACAAAUUGCGACACUUUGUGCUACUCUUGGAGAAUAUCCAUCAGUCAGAUAUCGAAAUGAUUUUGAUCGAAACGUGGAGCUGGCACAUAUGGUACAACAAAAAUUAGAUGCUUACAAAGCAGAUGAGCCGACAAUGGGUGAAGGACCCGAAAAAGCACGUUCUCAGUUGCUUAUAUUAGACAGAGGAUUUGAUUGCGUUUCACCAUUAUUACACGAAUUAACGCUACAAGCUAUGGCGUAUGAUUUGUUAGACAUUGAUAAUGAUGUUUAUAGAUUCGAAGCGUCAGCAGGCGUUCAAAAGGAAGUAUUAUUAGAUGAAAAUGAUGAUCUAUGGGUAGAACUUAGACAUCAGCAUAUUGCUGUAGUUUCACAAAAUGUUACCAAGAAUUUAAAGAAAUUUACAGAAUCAAAAAGAAUGCCACAAGGAGACAAACAGAGCAUGAGGGACCUGUCACAAAUGAUUAAGAAAAUGCCACAGUACCAAAAGGAAUUAAGUAAAUAUGCAACACACUUACAACUGGCAGAAGAUUGCAUGAAACGUUAUCAAGGAAAUGUAGAUAAACUGUGCAAAGUAGAACAAGAUUUAGCAAUGGGUACAGACCCUGAAGGUGAACGUAUCAAAGAUCAAAUGAAGAAUAUUACACCAAUUUUACUUGAUCAAAAUGUAGAUCACUUAGAUAAAUUACGAAUUAUCGCCUUGUAUGUUAUUGGUAAAAAUGGUAUUUCUGAAGAAAAUCUUAACCGUCUAGUUCAUCAUGCCCAAAUAUCUGCUGAUGACAAACAAACUAUAGUAAACAUGGCAAACCUUGGUAUUAAUAUAGUUGUAGAUGGUGGUAACCGCAGAAAAUUGUAUACUGUACAACGUAAGGAAAGAAUUACAGAACAAACUUAUCAGAUGAGUCGUUGGACUCCAGUUAUGAAAGAUAUUAUGGAAGAUGCUAUUGAAGAUAAACUUGAUUCCAAACAUUUCCCUUUUUUGGCUGGACGAGCAGCAAGUUCGGGAUAUCAUGCGCCAACUAGUGCAAGAUAUGGACAUUGGCAUAAGGAUAAAGGAUCACAAACUAUUAAAAACGUACCACGAUUAAUCGUUUUUGUCGUUGGCGGUGUUUGCUUCUCUGAGAUACGAUGCGCUUACGAAGUUACAAAUGCUUUGAAAAAUUGGGAAGUCAUAAUUGGUUCGUCACACAUAAUCACACCAAAAUCUUUCUUAGAUGACUUGAGUAAACUUCACGUAUAAGAAAUUUUUGUGUUGUAAACAAAAUAAAGACACAUUCCCGCAUUCCUAAUAUGCCAUUAGCUUUGGCUCCGUCAAUAAUAUCAGCUAUGAAAUUCCAUGGAUGAUUUCGAAUAUACAAUUAAAGUAUAAACUAAGGAACACAAAGUCAAUUUAAGUCGCGUAGUUAGUUAGCGACUAAUUAAAAAUAUUGGUGAAUGCCAUAUCAUUUGGCCAGAGUAUAAAUGGCGCCAGAAGGAAAAGAUAACCGAUAUUAAGUGCCUGCGCGAAUUAAAAAUUAAUAUGGAAUGAACAUACAUGUUGGCAAUACUGAUGCAAAUCGUACGGAGGUGCUUAAUGGUAAUUUAGGCUCGCGAAUGAUCUAGCUCAGAUAUCGUACGUUAUUCUAUGUCAUAUUAUCUCUUUGUUAAUAAUAAGCGACACGUUUAGCAGAGACAUUUGAUGUAUUGUAGUGGAGAAUCGUGAUAUUCGUGUACAUUUCUCGUUAUUAAUAUUUCGUUAUCUCCCGCUCCAAAAAUUAUCGAUUGU